AUGCUAAAUUCGCCAUUCCAAGUUGGACUAACACAUAAGACAGAGCUCGUUGAUAAUUUCAUCUUGUCAGAUCCUUAUCACAAACAAUUUUUGGAUCGCCUGCGCUCCUGCUUAGCUGGUCAAGACCCACCCAAACACGAUGUCGCUGUUAUAUACGCCAAGGAUCUUCUUGAAAACACAUUCAAGAAUGCGCGAUCAAAGACAUUCAACGAAAAUGAACCUGAAGCUUGCGCAAUCACAAACCGCCUUUCGUCUUGUCAUGAUGUGAAGGGUUUGGGCGAUCGUGACAUCCUGUCUUUACUUAUAGACAAUGCGAUCUAUCAUGUCGGAUGGCCGGCUCGCGACGUCUAUAGAUAUGUUGCGAGAGACCCCUCUGACGGUGAUAUCUCCAUGGCUUUGUCGGAAUGUGAUUGGGGCGCGUUGGCCAAGGACUUGAGGUGGUCCAACACUCUCCAUGGCCUGGAACGGAUUUUAUACCAGAUCAUCAUCGUACACACAGGUCCUUCCGAGGAACUUGAAGAUCGCGAUAUGGUUGUCGUCAAUCCAAUGUCGUGGUACUGCAAGUUCAAGUCCGUUUAUGUUACCGAACAUGCGUUGGAGUUCUUUGUCAAAGGAUAUCAAGAACGACAUGACACAGCUUGA